CAGUGGUCAUUCACAUCUUUCCAGCUGAAGAAGGCAGAGACUUAGAAGAUAGAGUAACUUUUACUUUUGUCUCUCUGUCUGCUUACCGUCUGUCUGAGGGACUCUGAAGCAAGGACUGCAUCCUAGCACUCCAGCAAGCCCAACUGCACUAACAGCUGAAUCGGACUGAUAACCGGUAGCGCUCUCGCACAGACGCUGAGAUAGUCUCUGAUGCUGCUGUGUGCAAGGAUCCACAUUAUUACUGCAACCUGACAGGAUCACUCCCACUGACAACUCACCACGCAAUGUCACAGAAGGAGAAACCUUCCCGCAAGAAGGCAGAAAAGGAAAGACUACCCUCCACAGACAGUGUGCCCCCCGGCCCGCGGGACCCCCCUCCCCCGGAGGCCGCCCCCCUGAAACCAGCCCUGCGGCGCGGCUCCUCCGUCUCUCAGCGAGGCAGCCCCGGGGACGCCCCCCCGCUGCGGCGCGGCUCCUCCUCGGACAGCCAGACCCCCAGGAACCGCGGCAAGAGGGACAGCGAGGUCUCCAUGACAACCAAGAUGUACUCCCCUUUCCUGAACGCGCUGUUUGGACAGGAGAGAGACCUGGUGCCUGAGGAGAUAGACGAGCUCAGCGAAGCAUUCAGGGAGUUCGACACAGACUGUGAUGGGUACCUGAGCUACAAGGACCUGGGCGACUGCAUGCGGACCAUGGGCUACAUGCCCACUGAGAUGGAGCUGAUCGAGAUCAGCCAGCAGAUCAAGAUGAGACUGGGCGGGCGGAUUGACUUUGAGGAUUUCUGUGAUCUGAUGGGGCCCAGGAUGCUGGCUGAGACGGCUCACAUGGUUGGGGUUCGAGAGCUGAGGUGCGCCUUCAAGGAGGUUUGUACGUUUUGCCUAAUGAUUCACAAUGAUGUUAUCUCCCCAGUGUCCUGCUCCCCCACCUGUCUGAAGGAAUGA